UUUUCCGAUACAAUUGGGUCGAGCGCUUCACUGGUUCAAAAAGCUUUAUUUCACCAUCACUAAUUAUUUCAAGAUAAAGAUCAAAAAGACUUAUACUAGACUAGGACUAGAAAAAAGAAACAAAACUAGACUAUAUGAAAAAACCUCUAUCAACCUCUAGAUAGUAUGACGAACCAGCAAGGACAAGUAGAAAAUGAACUCAAUAUAAAGGGAGUAGAGAGCUCGAGGAACAGGUGAACAUAAUUAGACAAACAAGGACUAAACAAGGGCGCGAGGCAUAGGAAAACAAGGAGGCAGGACAAGGGGAGCACAUGGCCAACACAACAAAAGAGACAACCAUGUGCUUAUAAACAAAACAAACAAAGAGACAUUAAACACAGACAGGAGUGACAGGGCUAUAAGGGCUGGAUCCUGACAGGAACUAAACCGAAAGAAAAUGAAUGAAUGAAAUAUAUAGAGAAAUACUGUAAAAUAUUAAUAGUUAAAAUAAAUAUGGAAGUUAUUUCCCCCAUGUUUACAGGUCAUCUGUGUUUUCUGACCCUUUCACCUAUGGGUCGAGUAUCAAUUCAAGCACUUGUGGGCACAAAUGUGACUCUUGCUGUGUCCCACGCUGGUGCGUCUCAGCCGGAGGUGAUGUGGUUUUUGGGAAAACUUCUGGUUGCUAAAUGGACCGUUGGUGAAAGUUCACUUCCAGAUGCUGCUUCAGGUGUUUUAAAAGCAGAACAGGAUGGAUCUCUCACCUUCAGAAAUGUGUCGAUGAUUUAUAACGGCACAUAUACUGUUGAAAUGAAUAAAAUCGGGGAGGCAAAGGUCAGCGCUACAUUUGACCUCUUUAUUUAUGAUCUCAUCAUGAAUGUCUCCCUUCACACUGACUCAGACGACGCCAUUGAGGGUGAAGUGAAGUUCAGUUUAUAUUACAGCACAAUUCAAGGAGAGGCCAAAGAAGUCCAGUGGCUUUUUAAUGGGCUCCAGAUAAAAGAUGGAUCUCAUUAUUCCAUCAGCGGGAAGAGACUGACGAUAAAGCAGCCCAGCAGGAACGAUACGGGCCGAUACACUGUAUUAUUAACCAACCCGUUCAGCUCUGAGGAUCAUCACAGAAACAUCACCGUUCUGUAUGGACCUGAUAUGCCACUUCUCAAGGUCAGUCCUACAAAAGCUGUCUUUGUUUCGGGAGAGUCUCUGUUCCUCUCCUGUCAGGCCGACGGCGAGCCAGCUCCUUCAAACACAUGGACUUUCAAUGGUGAAUCCAUUCCUGCGUUUUCACCAGGAACAGUCAGUCUCACUGAUGUAAAGACCAAUCAAAGCGGCGUUUACACCUGCCUGAUGAUCAACAGCAGAACUAAUGCAGCACUCCAGAGAAACAUCACUGUGAUCGUCUAUGAGUCUCCCAGCGGCGCCCCGCAGUGUUCGGUUCAGACGGUGCCUGGAGGAGCAGCACUGCAGUUCCUCUGUGUUUGGCCAGGGGGCGCUCCGGCAGCGCGAGUGUCUUUCCCCAGCCUGAGCGAUGCAGGUGGAGAGGGAGAUUACAGCAUCACUGUGCAGGACAUCCACAAAUUAAACAGACAAGAAAUCAUCUGCACAGCUGAACAUCCGCUCAGAAGCACACACUGCAGUGUCUUUCCCUCUGCUCCUGUGGAUUUUCUGGCGGUAGUUUCCACCAGUGUGAGUGCAGAUGAUCAGAUGAUGGUUCUGAUGGUCUGCUCUCCUGAAGCCACACCUGAAGCUCUUGUGUUCUGGAUGAAGAGCGGAGAGCGCCUGCAGAAUGACCACAAAUACCAGAUCAGCACAAACACAACUCAGCUCAGGAUUCGGGAUUUUAAUGCCUCUUCUGCAGACCUGGACACCUACACCUGCUCUGCUGUCAACCCUCUUGGAAACAAAACUCUGCACACCACACUGACUGGUCCUCAAAUCUCCAACUCAAGUGUUUUGUCAAAUGAGGAUGGUACAGAAGUUACUCUUACAUGGGAUGUUCCUCUCACCUCUGUUAUUACAGGCUUUGACAUCCAGAUGAAAGGUCCAGAGUUUUCUCAGCCCGAUGUGAACACAGCAGAUUUCCACACUAUACAGAUAAUGCCGGCGUUCAGCAGAAGCGCAGGCAUCUCUGCACUCGACCCUAAAUCCACAUACUAUUUCAGAAUCAUCCCUAAAGCCGGCAGAACUGCAGGAGAACAGUCGGAGAACCAUCGCAUCGGGCCAGCUGCUGAACUUAGUGUUGCUGCCGUCGCUGCUUUAUCUGCUGGAAUCCCCUGUGGUCUGCUUCUGCUCUUCAUCCUUAUCGGCUUCAUCUACUGUGCGACUCAAGACCGAAGAUAUCCAGUCUCCAGAGCCGUGGAGAAGGUUGUCGUCUCUCAAUCGGCUCUCAAUCCUCAUAAUCUCCUGAGAGCAAGAUUAAAAACCCCAGCAGAUGACAGACUCCAGCAGCCUGAACGAGCCGAUCCUGUGUCUUCAGUGGACUCGUCUGUGCGAAUGACCACCGCUGUCUGAAUCUGAUGGACUGGUACACCACAAGCAUGUAUCCUAUAAUCAUCCAAUGCGUUUAUUUCAAUUUUUGGUUUUGACAAAUUAUGUGUUGCACGUUCUGUUUGGGGAACUUCCACUCAAAAGAAACAAACAAAUAUUUUAGAUAAUAAAGCUGUGCUACAUAUUAACCACGGAUGUAGUGAAAGGCAUAAGGCUGUAUUUUUAUCUGUCAUGAAAAUAAUGAUAUGCUUUAUAUUUUAACGUGACAUUAAAGAGACAGUUCACCCAAAAA